AUGGUCCUGAAAGAUGCAGAUGAGCUACCUGCCUGUUGUACUCCCAUCCCUCCUAAUAGUCUCUCAGCAGGAGGAAUGAAACCCAUUGUGGCCUGGUUCCUAUUCUUCCAGCUUGUUCUGGGGCCAACUCCUCUCAUGAGCAUCGGGAUGAAGGAAGCCAUAAAGAACUUCCGUAACUUAAAUGUGGAUUAUCCCAGGGUUAAAUUCCACAGGGAUUUUCAAGACUACUGUAAUGGUAUAAUGACCCAUGUGAGGGGUACAAAGAAAUCCCCAAGUUGCCCAAAGAUCCAUUACGUGAUCCAUGUCCCCUGGAACAUGGUGCGGACCUUCUGCAACAAAAGUGACAGCUUCUGUGAGAAUUACAGCCAAUACUGUACACUCACCCCAGACACCGUGCCCCUCACGAUAUGCUCCCUGAGUAAGAAACAGCCACCCACCAGCUGCCGGUACAAUUCUACCAUAACCAACCAAAGGGUCUACCUGCUCUGCUCCAAAAAGGAAGAUGCAGAACCAAUGGGUAUCAUUGGCAUCUUUUAG